ACUUGAAUGUUUUCUGGGUUUGAAUCUGUGUAGUUCCUCCUUAUCAUGGAGGUUAGAUCUGAGCUCCGAAAACAGUCACGAAGUGGAAAGAGGAAAUGGGCUAUUUUGGUUGGUAUUGUCGCCCUUACUCAUAUCUUGUUGUUACUUUCAUAUGGCGACGCCUUAAGAUAUCUUUUGCCUGAUGGUAGAAGACUGAAACUUCCCAAUGAGAACAAUGCGUUGAUGACUCCAUCACGAAACACUCUUGCGGUUAACGUUUCUGAGGAUUCUGCAGGCUCGGGGAUUCAUGUCUUGGAGAAAAAUGGGUAUGUUCCAGAUUUUGGUCUAAGAAAUGAGUCUGAGGAUGAUGAAGGGUUUGUUGAAAAUGUUGAUUUUGAGAGCUUUGAAGAUGCAAAAGACAGUAUCAUCAUCAAAGAAGUUGCUGGAAGCAGUGAUAGUCUUUUUCCUUCAGAGACAACUGUAAUGCAAAAUGAGAGUGUUUCAACCAGUAAUAAUGGCCAUCAGGUGCAAAAUGUGUCGGUUCAAAGUCAGAAGAAUGUGAAGAGCUCUAUGUCAAGUGCAGGCUUCUCCAUAGCUGGUUCUGCAUUUGGAAAUAGUUCCUUGCUUGUUUCUAAGAACGUGAGUAAGAAGAAGAAAAUGCGGUGUGAUCUUCCACCAAAAUCUGUAACAAAAAUGGAUGAGAUGAAUCGGAUUUUAGCAAGGCACCGUAGAACUUCACGCGCAAUGCGACUGCGUUGGUCUUCUAGGAGAGAUGAGGAGAUAUUAACUGCAAGGAAGGAGAUAGAGAAUGCUCCUCCAGUUGCAACAAUUGAACGGCAACUCUACCCUCCAAUAUUCCGCAAUGUUUCCAUGUUUAAGAGGAGUUACGAACUUAUGGAACGGAUACUCAAGGUGUAUGUAUAUAAGGAAGGAAACCGCCCUAUUUUCCAUACUCCGAUACUCAAGGGAUUGUAUGCAUCAGAGGGAUGGUUCAUGAAGUUGAUGGAAGGAAACAAGCAGUACACUGUAAAGGACCCAAGAAAGGCUCACUUGUACUAUAUGCCAUUUAGUGCACGGAUGCUAGAAUACACACUUUAUGUGCGUAAUUCUCACAACCGAACUAAUCUACGCCAGUUUCUUAAGGAAUAUACAGAGCACAUCAGUUCCAAGUACCCUUUCUUCAAUCGAACCGAUGGAGCCGAUCAUUUUCUUGUUGCUUGUCAUGAUUGGGCACCAUAUGAGACUAGGCACCACAUGGAGCAUUGCAUUAAAGCUCUAUGCAAUGCAGACGUAACCGCAGGCUUUAAAAUUGGAAGAGACAUCUCACUCCCUGAAACAUACGUCCGAGCUGCCAAAAAUCCGCUUCGUGAUUUGGGUGGAAAACCGCCGUCUCAGAGGCGGACUCUGGCUUUCUAUGCUGGAAGCAUGCACGGUUACUUGCGUCAGAUUCUCCUGCAGCAUUGGAAAGACAAAGACCCGGACAUGAAAAUCUUCGGGCGAAUGCCAUUUGGUGUGGCGAGCAAGAUGAAUUACAUUGAGCAGAUGAAAAGCAGCAAGUACUGCAUUUGUCCUAAAGGGUACGAGGUCAACAGCCCAAGGGUGGUUGAAUCGAUUUUCUAUGAGUGUGUCCCUGUGAUUAUAUCCGAUAACUUUGUGCCGCCUUUCUUUGAAGUUCUUGAUUGGAGUGCGUUCUCAGUCAUUGUUGCGGAGAAAGACAUCCCGAGGUUAAAAGAUAUCUUGUUGUCGAUACCAGAAGAGAAAUACGUGAAGAUGCAAAUGGCGGUGAGAAAGGCGCAAAGGCACUUUCUGUGGCAUGCUAAACCUGAGAAAUACGAUCUGUUUCAUAUGGUUUUGCAUUCUAUUUGGUAUAACAGAGUGUUCCAAGCCAAGCAGAAAUUCGCUUUAGACCAGUUUCCACAAAGCUCGUUUGUCGUCAUCGCGAGCUUGAAACAAAAAGCCAUGAACAGUGAGAAGGAAGACGAGCCAUUGGAAGAGAUCGGCGAUUCGAGUAAUGUUCUCGAUCUCACUAGCUAUCAGCUCCACAGUCUCGAUACGGUCGAGUUACCUCCGACCCUGAUUGAGCUGGACCUUACGGCGAACCGUUUGUCGGGAUUGGACACGAGGAUCGCUCAGCUCUCCACGCUCAAGAAGCUUUCUCUUCGCCAGAACCUAAUUGAUGAUUCCGCCGUAGAGCCGCUGUCUCACUGGGACGCCUUGUCCGAUCUCGAGGAGCUGAUUCUCAGAGAUAACAAGCUCGCAAAAGUACCAGAUAUCAACAUAUUCACGAAGCUUUUGGUUUUCGACAUAUCUUUCAAUGAAAUCACUUCGUUGGAAGGAAUAUCCAAGGCCUCUAGCACACUGAAGGAGCUCUAUGUGUCUAAAAAUGAAGUUAACAAGAUUGUGGAGAUCGAACACUUACACAACUUGCAGAUUCUUGAACUGGGGUCUAAUAGAUUGCGGGUAAUGGAAAAUCUGGAAAACUUCACAAAAUUAGAAGAAUUAUGGCUCGGAAGAAACCGUAUCAAAGUUGUCAACCUGUGUGGGCUCAAAUGCAUAAAAAAGAUUAGCUUGCAGAGUAAUCGAUUGACCUCUAUGAAAGGAUUUGAGGAAUGUGUUGCUCUUGAAGAGUUAUAUUUGAGCCAUAAUGGUAUCUCCAAAAUGGAAGGCUUGAGUGCAUUGGUCAACCUACGGGUAUUGGACGUGUCGAACAACAAGCUUACUUCAGUUGAUGACAUUCAGAACCUCACAAAGUUGGAAGAUCUAUGGCUUAAUGACAACCAGAUAGAAUCACUUGAAGCAAUCACCGAAGCUGUUACAGGAUCUAAAGAGAAGCUUACCACUAUCUACCUCGAAAAUAACCCUUGUGCCAAGUCUUCUGAUUAUGUUGCUGUGUGUCUGCUUCCUCGUGGUUCAGACUUGAGAGCAUGGGCAUCGAAUUCAGGAAAUCAGUAUGUGGACUGUGUCUCUGUAAAAGGGAAUUCCCGAGUCUGAGGUUGUUCUUGUUUCAAGUUUCAACCAACACUAACUUGAAUACUUUGAUUCAUAUUUUUGACUUUGCCCCUUGCGUUCUUAUCUUUAUAGUUUCAUGUGAUUGUUCAGUAUUGAAAAGUUGCUAUGUUACACAUUUUACUAACUUGUUACAAGUUUUGGGCUUCUAAUCUUUCUUUCCGACAGAAGUACCUUUUUGUUAAUGAACUGAAGAAGUUUGC